AUGGGACAAGUUUGGUCGCAAAACACAUUGGAGGUUUGGAGGGCUGGCCGGAUUCCAAAAGCCUUCUUUGUAUUUCACGGGAUGGAAGCCUCUUUGCUACGAAUUCGCCAAGUGACUUUGUUCGGGUCUGAGGGCUAUUUGAAGAGAAUGAUGGCUAAAGGGGCGGCCACAGAAGCACACAACCAGCAGAUCACACAGAUUGCUAUAUCGCGAAAAUUGAAAACAGUUGCGUCAGCAUCAAGUGAUUCGACUGUUCGGUUAUGGAACCUAGAUGGGACCCACAAGCAAGCACUCGCUGGCCACGAGGCACAGGUAUUCGCCGUGGCGUUUUCUCCUGAUGGUCUCCUGCUGGCUUCUUGCUCAGAAGACAAUACCGUGCGUGUUUGGGAUCCACAUACCGGAGAUUGCCUGAGAAUACUGAGUGAUGUCGGAGCAGCACAUGAGGUUUCAUUUACGCCGGACAGCAGAAAGGUUGAGUCUCUGUCAUCUCAGGACAUAAAAGUGUUUGAUAUCAAGACAGAGUGUCUAGAAAGACAAUACGGGCAAUGA